AUGGCGCCAAACCAGGAUCCAUCGAGCCAAUUAGAGAAAUCGACAAAGCCAAGGUCCGCCAAGGUCGACUCCAGAAGCGGUCAGCCCUCACAAAACGAAGAUGGCUUCAUCGACAUCCAUCCCGAGGACGUGGAAAUGCAAGACAGCGAUUCGGAUGCUGUCGCUCCACCCUCGAAACCAUCGUCUGACCCUUUAGAGUUACAGCGGAUUAGUCAUUCCGACAAGGCUGAGGAGAAUCCGGAGGAAGAAGACGAGUCUGAGGAGGACGACCGUGAUUUCAUGGCCAACCACCCUUUAUUGAACAUGCUGACUGGGCGGUUGGGGGCACGUCGACGGGGCUCUUCACACAAAUGGGAUCGUCUUCAUCCUGAAAACCAGGCUUUGUCUAUAUCAAGUGUGGACCAGUGCACCUCACUUGAGGAGGCGGCUUUCCCACCAGAGGAAAGGGCAACUCGAGAAAAGUUUCAAUACCGUCUGACCAGGUGUCCCGAGUUGAGUUUAGGGCUGUUCACCCAGCCAACCAAAGCAGAGUUGAAGGACUCGUCGACACCGCCUCAGCGACGCUUAAUAGCCCAUGUAGUUUCAACCAGAACUCCGGCACCCUGUGUUACUGAGGCUUCGAUGGGCGUGCCCUCAAACUGGAGGAUCAGGAGAUCAUCGCUACCAACCAACACCGAUAAGGAGCCCGUGGGCCAUCAAGAUAUGGGUGGAACUAUCUGUGUUCAUUCUGUGGCAGUGGCACCCGAGUUUCAGAGAAUGGGUCUGGGUUCGAUCUUGAUGAAAUCAUACAUCCAACGUAUGAAAGAUGCCAAGAUCGCAGACCGGAUAGCUCUACUUGCCCACGAUCAUCUCGUUCCAUUCUACAAAGGACUUGGAUUUGAAAACAUGGGACCAAGUACAGUGACAUCUCAUGGCGGAAAUUGGAAUAAUAUGAUACUCGAGUUUGAUCAUGAGGACGACGACUAG